AACGGCUCUUUAGAUGACAAUCCUUUAACUAAAGGGUCACGAGUAUUCAACCCCAUGAUUCUACUAAUUCCUGCAUUAUGCGACGCUUUUGCCACCUCGAUUGUGUACAUUGGCUUAAAUAUGACAUAUGCAAGUAGUUUUCAAAUGUUACGUGGUUCUGUUAUAAUAUUUACAGCUAUACUUUCAACAGUUUUUCUUGAAAAAAGACUUGAAAGUAGAGAGUGGGCUGGCAUAGGCAUGGUCAUAAUUGGUUUAGCUCUUGUCGGGCUCAGCGAUGUACUAUCUAUGAAAGAUACGGAUAUGAACAUAAACUCUAUCAUAACUGGAGAUUUACUUAUUAUCUGUGCACAGGUAAUAACAGCUAUGCAAAUGGUGGUGGAAGAAAAGUUUGUAGUUGGUCAGAAUAUACCAGCGUUACAAGCAGUAGGAUGGGAGGGUCUGUUGGGAUUGACUACCAUGUCUAUAUUAAUGAUUCCACUGAAUUUUAUACCUGCUACACCACCAUUCGCUGAUAAUUCUCAAGGUACACUCGAAGCCACUAAAGAUGCAUUUGUUCAGAUUGGAAAUAGUGGCCGUUUGCUGACAGCAAUACUUGGUAUGGCACUCAGUAUAGCAUUAUUUAAUUUCGCGGGUAUCAGCGUUACCAAAGAAAUGAGUGCCACUACAAGAAUGGUUUUAGAUAGUGUUCGAACUUUUGUUAUUUGGGCUUUCUCGUUGGCAGUUGGGUGGCAAGCAUUUCAUUAUUUGCAACUUAUUGGCUUCAUCACUUUGUUCAUUGGAAUGUCGUACUACAAUAAUGUUAUUGUUCCACAACUAGGAAGGAAAUGUAUAUAUUUAUUAGGUCGUCACAAACCACCGCCAAGCGAACGAAUUAUUAAUAUAGCUGCCGACGACAUUCCAGAAACUCAAUAAAAUCAAAGUUUCUUUUUAAUUACUUCGUGAUAUGAAGCUCUAUUCUUUCUCGUUUCUCUAAAGAACGGUAAAGCCUGUGAUCGUAAUAUUAUGAAAUGAAAUGGAUGAAAUUUGUUCGCUUCUCUUUAUAAAAUCAAUCAUUACAUUGAAAGUGCUAAAUGGUUCUUGAUAAGAUCGAUCAAAUUAGUGAAUAUUUUUCAUUAGUGUAUUGAACGUUAUUUUUCAUUUGCAACAAGUAUUUCAUACUUGUGUACAUGCGUAUUCUUUUUUUACCGGCAACCUUUGACUGCUAAUCAAUGUAUAAAUAUUUUUCAAACGUUGCAAGAUUAAAAUAAAAAUUGAGAUACUA